CAGCUCGAGGCUCCCGCCCAACGGGCGGCCAAGGCGGGCGUCGAAAGGCCGCUCGGGCCUCCACGCGCCGCUCUCGGGCGCCGCCCAGCGCCUCCUCCUCCUCCUUCUCCUUCUGCCGCACGCAGCGCGCCCCGCUCGGGGCAGGCCGGCUGGGCCUCGCCUCUUCCUGGCGCCGGCGAGCGGCUUCCCGGGCGGCCUGGGUGAGUCGUCGUCGGCCGCCGCCGCCGCCGGGCCUCCCGCGCCCGCCCAUGGAUUUUACUUAGGCCCCAUGGCGGCCCCCGAGACCCUCCCGGACGUGGCCUCGGCCUCCAGCGCCUCGCUUUUCCGCCUCAGGCACCUCCGCCUCGGGCUGGACCUGCGGCCCGAAGCCCGCGCCCUGGCCGGCUGCCUGGUGCUGGAGCUGUGCGCCCGGCCGACGCCCGGCGGGGCCCAACCUGAGGCGUCCGAGGACGAGCGGCGGCCUCGCCGACCUCGCGUCCUGGUUUUGGACACGCACCCGGCCGUGCGGGUGGCCUCGGUGGCUUUCCGGGCCUGCCCGGCCGGCGAGACCCGCUGCGGCUUCGUCUUCUCGAGCGGCGCGGAAGGCGAGCCGGGCCGGCCUGCUUUUCUUCUUCCGCCGCCGCCCGCCCGCCCGUCGUCGUCGUCGGCUCCCGCGGGCCACCCGCACCCGCACUGCCCGCUCAGCACCGCCAGCGCACUUUCGGCCUUCGGGCAGGCGCCGCCCGAAGGGGACCGGCCGGGUUUGGAGUCUCUACGGGACGUCCCCCCGUCGUGGGGCGAGCCUCCGCCGGCCGGGCCUUGGGCCUGCGCCCCGCUGGAGAGCGCCGAGGUUCCCGCGCCGCCCUUGCCCGCCUUCCCUCGCUCGGCGCCCUGCCCGCUUUUCUUCCGCGUGGAUCCCUUCACCGACUACGGCUCGGCGCUCAGCAUCUCCCUGCCGGCUUCGCUGGAGCCGCAGCGGCCCUUCCAGAUCAUCGUCCGCUACACCACCGUGGAUGCCCCCGCGAUCUGGUGGCUGGAUCCUGAGCUCACCUACGGCAACUCUAAGCCAUUUGUUUUCACCCAAGGCCAUUCGGUAUGCAACCGCUCCUUCUUCCCUUGUUUUGACACGCCGGCUGUGAAAUGCACUUACUCCGCGGUCGUCAAGGCCCCUGCAGGUAUGCAGGUGUUAAUGAGCGCCACCCAAAGUUCCUAUGAGGAAGAAGAGGGGGUAUACCAGUUCUACAUGGAGUACCCCAUUCCCGCUUACCUGGUGGCUCUGGUGGCCGGGGAUCUUGUCGCCGCAGAGGUUGGUCCUAGGAGCAAAGUCUGGGCCGAGCCAUGCCUAUUGUCAACAGCCAUCGGCAAACUCUCAGGUCGGGUGGAGCACUGGCUCAGCGCUGCAGAGAGCCUCUACGGUCCCUACAUAUGGGGCAGGUACGACAUUGUUUUCCUCCCUCCUUCGUUCCCCAUCGUCGCCAUGGAGAACCCAUGUUUGACCUUCGUAAUUUCAUCCAUCUUGGAGAGCGAUGAGUUUCUCAUCAUCGACAUCAUCCACGAAGUAGCCCACAGCUGGUUUGGCAAUGCCGUCACCAACGCCACUUGGGAAGAGAUGUGGUUGAGCGAAGGGCUGGCUACUUACGCUCAGCGCCGAAUCACGACGGAGACUUACGGUGCUGCUUUUACGUGCCUGGAGACAGCCUUCCGCCUUGAUGCCCUUCACCGACAAAUGAAGCUCCUUGGGGAGGACAACCCUGUCAGCAAACUUCAGGUUAAACUUGAACCAGGUGUGAAUCCCAGCAACCUGAUGAACCUCUUCACCUACGAGAAAGGGUUCUGCUUUGUUUACUAUCUGUCUCAGCUGUGCGGAGACCCAACACAUUUUGAUGCCUUUCUCCGAACUUAUAUCGAGAAGUACAAGUUCACAAGUGUUGUAGCCCAAGAUCUGUUGGAUUCCUUCUUGGCAUUUUUUCCAGACCUGAAAGAACAAUGCAUCGAUUGCAAAACAGGUCUAGAGUUUGACCGCUGGCUCAAUGCCACAGGGCCUCCUUUAGUCGAACCAGACUUAUCUCAGGGAUCCAGCUUGACCCAGCCGGUGGAGACGCUGUUCCAUCUCUGGACCACAGAGCCUCUGGACGCAGGAGCUGCUGCGAACAGCGUCAACAUCGCCGAGUGGCAAACAUUCCAGACGGUGCUUUUCCUGGAUAGGUUACUGGAUGGGUCGCCCUUGCCACACGAGGUGAUAACAAAGUUGUCCGAAUGCUACUCGGCUCAGCUGGAAAACAUGAAUGCCGAGAUUCGUAUCCGCUGGCUGCAGAUCAUCGUCCGCAAUGAUUACUAUCCUGAUGUCCACAAAGUCCGUCGCUUCUUGGAAAACCAGAUGUCCCGCAUGUACACGAUUCCAUUGUACGAGGACCUCUGCACUGGCACCCUCAAGUCUUUCGCCCUCGAAGUUUUUUUACAGACCCAAGCCCACCUCCACCCGAACCUGCGGAAAACCAUUCAUCAGAUCCUGACCCAGGGCUUGAACCAACCACUUCUCGCCACGGACACGGCCGCCGUGGUGGGUGACCCUCCGGGCGCCGAGCUUGAAGACAGAGGAGGAGCCGCGCAUGGUGCCGUUUCUCUCAGGGACGUCAAUGUGUCUGCUUAGCUCACGCUGGACCUUGGAAGCCGGAAGGGCCAGUCAAGACGUCAAGCCAAGUCUGCCCUCUCUUGCCCUUGGUGCCACUGCUUGGGGUGGGGGGGUGUUGUUGGAUUUUUUUUUUUUAAAUUCCUCCCCACAUGUGUACAUCGAGAAUCCUAUGUGCCUUCAGGUGCCUGACCCCCUAGGCACGACGAGAUAUCAGGGAUGUAUUUUUCUUUCUUUCUUUCUAACUCUUAAGCAGCGACUGGGAGCAAGCGACUGUUUGGGCUCGUUGCAUCAUGAAUGUGAACAUCGGAUUGAUUUGUGUGUGUGUGUGUGUGUGUGUCUGUGUGUGUGUCUGCCAACGAAGUGCAAUUUCCGGCACUCGCUCCCCAGGCCUUGAAGGAGGCAGCAGGAUCCUCCCCGGCCCCAAGGCUGGGCGGGAAGAAAAACUGAUCAGGAUCAUGGUAAAAUGUUGAAGUCGGGAUUUUUCUCCUGUUGUAUGCGGCGCUCGUGACCCAGAACCUGAAAGAAUGACGCGUUUUCUUCCAAGUGGCGUCUCGGUUUUCAGGAAAACGGUUGAAAAUGGGUCAGGUAUUAAAAAGAGACUUGGGUGGAGUCCGCAGGCUGAGGGUGUGAGUGCACAGCAGGCUUUAUAGCCGUGAUGGCAAACCUAUGGCACGCGUGCCACAGGUAGCACGCGGAGCCAUAUUAGUGGGCACGCCAGCUCAGCUCUGGGGCGCAUGCGUGCGCCGGCCAGCUGAUUUUCGGGCCUUCUGGGCCCACCAGAAGUAGGGAAACAUGCUGUUUCCUGCCUCUGGAGGGCCUGGGGGCGGGGUGAGGAAGGCCCGUUUUUCUUUCUUACCUGGCUUCAGAUCCUCUCUGUGUAUCUGGGAAGGGCGAAAACAGCCUUUCCACUCCCUUGGAGGCACUACGGAGGCUGAAAGGGCCCAUUUCCCGACUCCCGGUGGGACAGGAAGUGACGUUUUUUCCUGUCCCCAGCCUCCAGAGACUCCUAGAAAGGCUCCUACAGACUCCUAGAGAGGCUCCUACAGACUCCUAGAGAGGUUCUGGAGGCUGGGGACAGCAAAAAAUAUCACUUCCUGUCCCACCGAGAGGUGGGAAAUGGGCCCUUUCAGCCUCCGUAGGGCCUCCAAGGGAGUGGGAAAGGCUGUUUUCGACCUUCCCAGAUGCAUAGAAAGGAUCUGGAAUCAGGUAAGAAAGAAAAAUGGGCCUACCAGGCCAUCAUGUGCCAGGAGCGGGGGUGGGUGGGGUUGCGUGCGCAUGCGCACGGGCACGUGCAUGCGCCACCCUCCCCCCGCCCCCUCUCUCCUGGCACGCGAUGGCAAAAAGGUUAGCCAUCACUGCUUUAUAGAGACGGGGAGAGGGGGGAGAAGCCAGCCCUUGGUAGGAACAUGGGUGUCAACACUGCCUUGCUUUCCUCAGAGACCAGCAAGCCCAACAAGUUUCGGCGUAGUAGGCACACACUGCCCAACAGGGAUGGGAAGGCCUUGCGAGAUUCCGCCACGGUUAUGUCAGCGGCCAGCCACCAAAUGCGACAGUGCAGUGUCGCUAUUUCCCUUUCCACCACAGGUAAAAUAGGAGUGUUCUUUGCAAAAAAAAAAAACCACAAGACCAACAAUCACACAAAAGCCUGUACUGAGGUUGCUGUAAACCUACUGACUUUGUCUUCACACCUUUGGCGCUGUGGUCUUCGGUCGGUGCCGCCGGUUGUUUCCAACCCCUUCGUUCAUUUUCCCCGCGCGCACGAGCUCAACGCAACCCUUUUCACGUGCUUUUUUUUUUUUUUUACCAAAGCAACUCUGGGAUUUCUUUCUGUGCGCGCCUCCCUUGUUUCAAGAGUAAUAUUUAUUCUCUCUCCCAGUAAAGAUGGGCAGAUAACCCCCCCCCAGAUACCACUCCCGUGUCCAGCUCUGGCAGAGAGGGUGCUUGUCCGCUGCCUCCUACUUGGUGAAAACUGAUUCCAGCUCCACAAAGGUGCUUAAAUUGUCUGUUUUCCACAUCCUUGGCUCUGUUUCCCCCCCGAAAUAUCUUUUCACUUGGGGCGAUUUUGGGCAAGCAAUAAUGAAGUCGGACUGCAAAAUUGCUCGAGUUGGGUUGCGAUCCUUUGGCGUAGCGGCUCUGGAAUUUCCUCCGUCAUUUGGAAAGGUGCAGGGCCCCCAUCUCCCCAGAAACAUCUGCCCGUUUUAACGUCGUUUUGAUUGGCAGCACUUUUGACACCUGGUCCACUCUGGCCGAGACCGCAACUCCUACACACCUUUCUACCAUCUUGUUAUCCUGCAUUUUUUUUUUUUUUAAUUUUUAUUUUCCAGGAGAAUGUAUGCAACCAGGGUGGAAAUUCCUUGGAGAUGUACCUGGAUGCCUUACAAUAACAUCACUUAUAAAUGUUGAAUUAAACUAAUGUUUGUGACUU